AUGGGGGUGAGAGGGUCGGGAGGGGAUCGGGAUGAGUGUGAGAGGUUCAGGAUGAGCGUGGGAGGGUUUGAGGGGGUCGGGAUGAGUGUGAGGGGCUGGGGAGGGGUCGGGAUGAGCGUGGAAGGGUCUGGAAAGGAUGAGGAUGAGUGUGAGAGGGUCGGGAUGGGGUUCGGCGGCUCCGACAGCUACCGCGUGGCCACCACGCAGGACAAGGGGGGCGACAAGGAGUCCCCCAAAAAGGGCAAGAGCAAGACCCGGGACCUCGAUGACCUCAAGAAGGAGGUGGCCAUGACCGAGCACAAGAUGUCGAUCGAGGAGGUCUGCAGGAAAUACAACACCGACUGCGUCCAGGGUCUGACCCACAGCAAGGCCCAGGAGAUCCUGGCCCGGGACGGUCCCAACGCGCUGACGCCCCCUCCCACCACCCCCGAGUGGGUCAAGUUCUGCCGGCAGCUCUUCGGGGGCUUCUCCAUCCUCCUGUGGAUCGGCGCCAUCCUCUGUUUCCUGGCCUACGGCAUCCAGGCGGGGACCGAGGACGAACCUUCCAACGACAACCUGUACCUGGGCAUCGUUUUGGCCGCUGUCGUCAUCAUCACCGGCUGCUUCUCCUACUACCAGGAGGCCAAGAGCUCCAAAAUCAUGGAAUCCUUCAAAAAUAUGGUGCCCCAGCAAGCCCUGGUGAUCCGGGAAGGGGAGAAGAUGCAGGUGAACGCCGAGGAGGUCGUGGUUGGGGACCUGGUGGAGGUGAAGGGCGGCGACCGAGUCCCGGCCGACCUCAGGAUCAUCUCGGCCCACGGCUGCAAG